AUGGAGGCCCCCCCAGACGGGCACCCAUCGCCCCCUCUCUCAGACAUCGGGCAACCCCCCAGUUCACCCGACAUUCCAGACUCGGAUUCGGGUUCAAUUUCAGACUCGGUCGCAAUUCCAACCCACGAACCUGAGCCAGUGUCAAUUCCAACCCCAGAACCUGAGCGUUCGACCCCGGAACCUGAGUUGGAAGCAGCACCGGAGCCAACCCCUAACCCUGAGCCAGUGUCAAUUCCAACCCCAGAACCCGAGCGUUCAACCCCGGAACCUGAGCAUCAAGCAGAGCCAGACUCAAUCCCAACCCCAGAGCCUGAGCCCGUCGCAGAACCAGAGCCAGCCCCCAAAUCUGAACCAGUGCCAAUUCCAACCCCAGAACCUGAGAAUUCAACCCCAGAACCCGAGAAUUCAACCCCAGAACCUAAGCAUUCAGCUCCCGAGCCUGAGCCUGAGCCCGUCGCAGAACCAGAACUAGCCCCCAAGCCAGACCCAGCACCAGAACCAAAGGCCGCCCCCAAACCAAAGCCACCCCCCAAACCAGAACCAGAGGCAGACCCCGAACCCGAACUCAAACCACGCACCAUCCCACCCCCCCUCCUCCCCGAACGCCUCACCCGUCUCGCCCUCCUCAGCGGCGGCGACCUCCCCCCAAGCGUCGACCUCGCGACCCUCAACCACUGCCUCGAGACGCUCGAAGCGCUCCUCGACCCGCGACCGGGGCAGACGCAGAAAGUCGCCAAGCACCGGUAUCGGCCGUCGCUGCUGAUCUCCCCUUUCACGGAGGAGCAGAGGCGGAGGGCGAGGGAGAAGGAGGAGCGGAUUCGAGAGGCUGAGAGGGAGAAAGAGCGGGAAAAGGCGAGGGAAAUCGAGAGAGAGAAAGAGCGGGAAAUUGAGAGGCAGAAAGAAAAAGAGAGGGAGAUAGAGAGACAAAAGGAGAGAGAAAAGGAAAGGGAGAAUAUCGCACCCUCUCUCCCCCCCAUCGCCCAAACAGAGCUCUCCUCCCUCGUCCCCCAGCUCUCAUCCAUCAACACCGAACUCACCGCGCGCCGCGACGAGUCGGGCCAGAUCUAUGCGCUUUAUGCGCACGAGCGCGAUGAUCUUCAGGAUAGAUUGACUGCUUUGAUGGAGGAGGUUGAUGUUUUAAAAACCGACCUAUCAGAAUCCACCUCGGAGCGCGAAGCCCUCCAAGGCACAAUCAGCGGCCUCGCAACCUGGAUCCAGGCAUCAGUGCAAGCCUCCACCACCACCACCAGCCGACCCUCCACCCGGCGCACCAACAAUUCUAACACUAAUAUUAACAACCGGAUUGUUUUACCUACUACUAAUACUAAUAACCAGCACGGACGGUGGCGGUCAUUCUACGCGAGGCAGAGUCCGGGGGGGCUGGGGAAUAGGGGUAUUAAUACUAAUGCUAAUGCUAAUUAUGGAGGCGGCGAUCUGGGAGAGGAUGAUGAUGAUGAUGAGGAUGAGGAGAAUGCGCUUUUGGAAGGGAUUAGUGCGUGGAUGCGUGGGUGGAAGGAUGUUGAGGAGGGGUUUGUUGCGAGGGAGAGGGAGAGGAGGGUUAGGAGGGGGGAGGUUGUUGGGUGA